AGUUGGUUGUGUCGGGUUACUGCGGAGGGGUAACGCUAUUAAAAUAUCUACAAACAUUACCUUUAAUUGGACAGAAAUUUGUGCUUGUGUGCGUACUUCGGUUUUUUUUUCAUCCAACUGUCAGUGACGAUCCGCCGUUUUUUCGAAAGCUGAUGACUGUUAUCAUUCGAGUUUAGUGUGUGCUGAUAGUCAGUGAUUUCUGCGAUUCGAAAAUGAUCACCGAUUAGGACUGUGAUCGCGGAUUUCGGUCGGACCGAUUGUGAUUGUGAUCAAAAAUGACAUCAGUGACGUGAUUGUCGAAACGCGGGCGGUUUUCGCGCAGCACAAAAUGACGCCACGUGUUCUAUAAUUGCGAAAUUGUUUAUGGAUCGUUAAUUAAUCUAUAAUUAUAUUUCUGUCCCGCUCUCGCUAAUUGCCGUCAAUCAUAUUUUGAUUUCACACACCCAGUGGCGUUCUUUAUUCGGAUUUUCUUUUCUCUAUCAUUUUUUUAACUCAAACUCUACCAAUAAGAAUUAACAAAAAUCGGUUUUUAAAUAAAUUUAACUUAGGCGUAAAAAAAAUAAGUUGAGAAAAAAAAGGAAUUCUUGAUACCUAGGUACCUCCCAGUGAAAAGACAAGUGUUUUUUUUAAAAUUUGUAACAGUAAUUGUGAUUUUCAAAAAGUGACAGUGAUGCUGUGUUUUCAAAUUUAAGGCAACACCAAACCGUGCCCGAAGCGGCCGAGUAGCGGACGGAGCAAUUUAAAUCCCUCAAAAUUACCCGAAUUCAAUCCCCCAGCACCAAACCCAGCAACCUGAGUUUCUCAGAUCCUUUUGGGCCUCCUCAGUCCACGGACGGAGGGGGCCCAUCGACCCCGCAACCUGCCAUGACCUCCCAAGAGCUAGACCACCAACACCAUCACCUAGGGGGUUCCCAAACUCCCCACGAUAUAUCAAACUCAAACAACUCCACCCCAACAAACGUAUCCUCCAAAUCAGCGUUCAUAGAACUACAACAACAUGGUUAUGGUCCUUUUAAAGGUGGUUAUCAGCAUCCCCAUCAUUUUGGCAGUCCGGGGGGUCAGCAGAACCCUCAUGAAGCCUCGGGGUUCCCAAGUCCCAGGUCCUUAGGUUAUCCCUUUCCUCCCAUGCAUCAGAAUACGUAUGGAUAUCACAUAGGUUCCUAUGCUCCGCAGUGUGCGAGUCCGCCUAAAGAUGAAAAAUGUGGUCUAUCAGACGACCCCGGCCUCCGAGUGAACGGCAAAGGCAAGAAGAUGAGGAAACCCCGCACGAUAUAUUCCAGCCUGCAGCUCCAGCAGUUGAACAGGAGGUUUCAGAGGACGCAGUACCUCGCGCUGCCAGAGAGGGCAGAGUUGGCUGCCAGCUUGGGGUUAACGCAGACGCAGGUGAAGAUCUGGUUCCAGAACCGGCGAAGUAAAUACAAAAAGAUGAUGAAAGCGGCGCAAGUAGGAGCUGGACCUCCUGGCCUCGGCCUCCCACCCGGAAGUCCUCCUAAUAACAACCAACUAUUACAUGGCGGAGGUGGCAGUUCGAGCGGUUCGCAGCAUUCCCCGUCCGCGUACCAGAGCGGUCCCACGCAGGCGCACUCGCCCACGCCCAGCUCCACGCCCGUGUCUGAGCUGUCCCCCGGCCUGUCCCCCACGGGGACGCCGUGGGACGUGAAGCAACCCCCGCAGCCCUCUUGGGACGUAAAGGUUGGAUAUCCAACAGCAGGCCGCUCGCCGGACGGCACCUCAUGCGAUGUGAAACCUCCUCAUCAGCAGUCGUGGGAUCCAAGGGUCGGAUAUGGCGCGCCACCCGGCCCUUGGGAUAUGAAGGGCGCGCACGCGCACGCGCUACACCACCAGGGGGCGCCACAACCGCACCCCCCAUAUGUACCCCAGUACUCCUGGUACCAAGCUGACGCCAACCCUGGACUGUUAACGGUCUGGCCUGCCGUGUAACGACCAUCGGAAAAACAAAAUGAAACACACGCUAAAAAAUUAAAUAAUUUGCAAGUAUAAUUCACUUAAAAUUUAUAAACAGCGCACAAAAACGCGCACUAUAAUGGCGUAUCUCCCAAAAGAUAUAAAAGAACGGCACAACCAAGAUUAUUGUUAAGAAAUUUAUUUAAUAGUAAUAAAAAUCAAUGUACAUUUUUUAUUAACAAUAAACUAUAAAUAAAUAGGAUUUUAAAUGUUUAUAAUGGUUACUGUAAAUUGUUAGGAUAUAAGUAUUGGAAAAAAUAUACAAUUUAAAAAUAGUUCCAGUGGCCACGUUGGUCAAAUUCGUAAUUAGUUACAUUUUUUACUGUCAAAAAAUUGUAUUAUUAUUUUUUGUCAAAGUUGUGUAUGCCAUUAAAAUCUAGACCCAUUUUAGAGAAUAGUAAAAAGUUUCAAAAAUGCGUAUGCAAUUUUGACUGAUGUAAAUAACAAUAAUAUGUGAAAGGUGGUUGUAUCCUAUAUUAUUUUGUAUUUUUGAAUUCCCGUUAUUGUAAAUAGGUUAAAUCGUAAUGGAAAUCUAAGCUGUAAAUUUCUGUAUUUGUGUAUAACUGUUCAAUUGUGCAAUACGUUCAUGUAAUAUUAAUACAAUCUUCUUCAUAGUUAAAAUAUUCUUCAUCGUAGUUAUUAUAUUUGUGAAUUCAACCAAGUUUUUCUGGCAUUUUUUGUGGAAAUAAACAACGUGGUCACGGAAUAUAAGUUGAGGAAUUUUCCAAAACCCGACGGAAAGUUGAAAAUAAAGAGAAACCCAGGAGUAUUAAACUUAUUUAAUAGGUCUCACUAUUUUUAUUUUCUUAAUUUUCCUUUUUUCUGCAGCCGUCAAUAGAAUCAAAUACAAUUUUAUUUUUAUUCUAUUAUUUUUUUAACUAACAUUAUUUUAUGGUUAUUCUAUGUUUUUAUAUUAUUAUGCCACCUGAUAAGAAGUUAUGGUGCUGAAUAAUUGUAACACGUUUAAAUAUAAAGUUAUGUUUAAAUAUUAACAUAAUGAAAGUAACCAGUGAUUUUAUGUUAAAAAAAAAAGAUGGCUGCUGAAAUGCUACCAUUUAUUUUUUUGAAAAUUUAUUUUGUUUUACUAACUAAGCUUUAAAACAUGAUUGUGUUUAUUUAUUUAGAUUAUAAUAAUCAUUAAAUCAAACGGGAACACAAACCAGUCUGUUGUGAUAAAUAAUUUUAAGUUUUUUUAGACAAAAUAUAAUUUUUUUUGGUGAACUAUUAAAUAAAAAUGUAUUUAUUACAUAAUGUUUGUGCAAAAAUUGUGUUCUGAAUGCAAAUCUAUUUAAGCUAUUUUUAUUUCUAUCGCAAUCUGAAUUUAUUUUGUAAACAAUACUAUAGUCUAUUUAAAAAUAACGUCCAAAACAAUUUUGAAACAUAAAAAAAAAUUUAACUGGUGAAAUAUUACAUUUAUUAUAAAGUAUGAAUUUUAACAAAAGGUUACUUAGGUUCUAAAUUUUUCAAAAUAUUAUGUAUUUGAAAUAAUUAUUACAUAGAAUGAGAUAUUAUAGCCAGAAUAAAAUUGAAUAUUAUGACACUUAUAAUUCUGGCAGUGAUAUAACGUUUAUAAUAUCAUAUUCAGAAUAUUAUUUAAAUAGACUACAGUAUGAUUUAGAAUGGGUCUUACGGGAUGACUUUGUAAAUAUGUUUUGUAAUAUAUAGAGAGAAUAAAAAUAUACAUAUAAAUAUAGAUUAGAUAGUAUAAUUACUUUAUAACUACAAUGUAUUAUAAGGAAACCGGAAAUGAGAAAAAAAGUGAAUAAAUUUCUUUUGUCAAAUAAAAAGUGAAAAAGAUU